AUGCCGGCAGAGAGGCGGCGGCCGGAUGCGAUGGUGGAAGUCGACGGUAGAAGAAGGUCCGUGAGGCGGCCCCGCCGGGCGGGGCGAUUCCUCCUCCUGCUGGCUUUGCUUUACUUGGCCGUGAUCGAAGCCCUGGGCCAGGCGCAGCGGCGCUUCAUCGGGCCCCUGGGCGAGCCGGCGAAGAAGCCGGAAGAAGCGGCUGCGGGGUCCGUGGCGGGGCAGGAACCAGAUGAACCAGAUGAGAAGCCUGACUGGAAGGACGCCGCAUAUCAGCGACAGCUAGAUCGGAUCAAUGCCCGAAAAAGGAAGCAGUCGCCGGACUACAAGGAGUCCGCCUACGAAAGGAAAGUGCGCUUGCGCAAGAUGGCGAUGUGGAAUGCGGCCCAGAGAAAGGGCGUGAAUGAGGUGGGUGCGCGGGACUCCACCACCAUCGACAUCAAGGUGAAGCUGGUGAAGCCCUUCGGCAUCGAGUUCGAAGAACGCGAGGAGGACCCCAACAGAGUUUGGGUCGGCCGAAUACUGGAGGAAGGAUCAGCCUUCAAGAACGGAGAGGUGGAGACCGGAGACUUUCUCACCACAGUGAACGGUCAAGACGUGGAGGGCAAGCCCUACGAUGAAGCCCUACAGUACCUCGUGGAUGCCGAGGGUGAGAUUGACUUGGUCUUCAAGCGCAUCUACGUGGCCUGA